AUGCCUAACAUCGCAGCAAUGGGAACAGUACUAAAUUUUGUAGUUAUGCUAACAAUUCUCAGUCUGUGUCUAAAACUAAAGCCGUCUCCGACUCAUUGUCAACCUGAUACUAGUCUGCCUCUAGGUAAUAUAGCAAUUAGCUCCGAGCUAGCACGACUGCCUGAUAAACUAUGUUUUGUCUGGAUUUCUACCCGAGAUACAAAGUUGAGAAGUUUUAACCUACCAAAAUACUAUCGCUAUGGUAUGGACUUACGAAUCGCCAACGUCUCAAAUCAUGUGCUUAUCUCGAUCUUGUUAGCUGGCGACAUUGCUACUAACCCCGGUCCCGCUCACGUUAAUAACAACUCACCUACCCUCCCCGGAGGUUUAAAUGUCCUCUAUAUGAACGCACGAAGUAUCAAAGCUUUCGUUCCCCUUGUAGAGAACCCUUCCAGCAAA